AUGAGUACUGAUAUGCAUUGUGACAAAUCUCAUGAUGUAGCCCAUCCAGAUGUCGAUCAUUACGCAUCGUUAAAAGAAACAUGUAGUAGUGUUGAAGACGAUUUCAAACAAGAAUUAAAUAAUGGACAACAAUUAAUGAUUCAAGAAGAACUUGAGUUGGAUUAUGAAGCUGAACAAAAUAAUUAUAUUGUUGAGGAGAAAGACGAUGAAGAAGAUAAUGUUACUAUUACUAUAAAUAACAAAACUGAAGAAAAUUUCUCUGCUGUGUCAUAUGUCUUCAAUGAAGCUGAUAAUACGUAUAAUGUUGCAAAUUAUGAAAUAGAAAUAAAAAACCGAAUUGAUUUGAAUCGAUUACAUGCACGUUCAGAAGAUUCUUAUCUGAAUUCUAUUUUAAGAGAAUAUCGGGAGUUAAAACAACAGUACUAUUUUUUGAAAAAUAUACCUAUAACUGAAAGAAUAAAUGUGCCUAUAUUUUACGAUUAUCAAAGUGAACGAGUUAAAUGUAUUAUAGUCGUACCACACAUUAUCCUCAAGUCAUCAAUAUUUAAAGUAAUAUAUAAUCUUAUAAAUAUGUCAUGGCUUAUCAAACCUAAACCAAGAGCGUUUAAAAUUUCAUCGGAUUAUAUAAAUAAAUAUAUAGAACAAAUCAAUUCUAGUAAGGUUUUUAAAUCGUCAAUAAGUCUCCAGCUAUGUCGAGGGUAUGUUGCUCUACUGUCCACGUCAUAUUUCAAGAUUGGGCGGGCUAAAUGCUUAGCAGGCUUAACCGUUGCUAUUUUCGCUAUCAACAGUCAAAAUGGUGUGGAACUCAUCGAUUUUGUAACAGCUAAUCAUGUAAAUAUUCAAAACUUUUAUCAUAAUGAAGAUCAAUUAAAAGAAAUUUUGGAAAAAUAUAAUAUUAUCAAAAUAUUUUGCUGGCUUCCUAAUUAUGGAACAGUCCACAAUACAUUGUACGGCAAUGUAUAUUGGUUCAAUGAUAUAAUAAUAGAUAUUCAUAAUAAUCGUCGUUUAUAUAACUUAUACGAUAAAAUAAGUAUGGAGAAAAAUUUCGACACGACGACGCUUUGUGUGAAUUCAAUUAAGCACAGUGAGAGAUGUAGCUAUUGCAACAUGAUGCGGUUAGCAAUAAAAAUUUUUAAUCCAGAUCAGAUGCAAAAAUCACCAAUGACGACGAAUAUGUUAAAACGAGUUUAUGGUAGAAAUAAAGUUCAAGAAUUAACAUCAUAUAAUAUGCAAAACAAUAUAUAUCGGUCAACGAACGAAGAAUUCAAUAAGUAUUGUAAGCCAACAUUGCGAACUACACCAUUGGCGGUGGCUACUCGAAUUGGAGUCUUUCCUCCAUAUUCCUCUGAAAUAUGUAAGCAAUACAAUAGAAAAUUAGCUAGCAUUAAAUGUUUACAUUCAGAGUGCCGGAGACGGAAUCGAUCAAAAUUAUUAAAUACAGAAGUAAUUGUAGAAGAUACAGGACACUCACGAAGCCAUUUCUACCAGCCCAAUCUCUUUUAUAAAAAAAAAUAUCAAUAUGUUCAUAAACUUCAUAGCCAAUAAAUAAUCGGCUCGUCAAAUAAUAUUUAAUCACCGCGGUUAUUAAUUUGUGUGUUGACUGAACGUCAAUGUAAAGUAUACCAGUGGUAAUUAACCAUCAAUUUAAAUAUAAAAAAAGAAGAUAAUCUAUUUCGAAAAUCGUUAAACCAAUAUUUCUAUAACUUGUAAUACCAAUUAUCAAAAAUUGCUAAUCUAUUAAUUGGUACUAUUAAUACUUACGAACAUUUUGUAUUGUUUACAAUAAGAUUAUUUUUUCAAAUAAAUGUAUAAAAAUUUUCGGCUAAGGACGUAUUUAGUAUGCAUAUAUAGGAUCAUAUACGAUUGAGUAUACUUGAUAAAUUCUAGUAUAGCUAUAUAUCAUCAGAACACUAGCAAAAAACGUAUAUUUCGAAUUACGGAUUUAAAUUUACAAUAACAUUAUGUGGUUAAUUUAUGAAAUUAAUUUAAUAAAAUUUGUGCUAGUUUGGUGGAUACUAAAAUUACAA